ACUAACCGUUUACAAAUAUGUCUGUUUAUAAUCUGAAGUAAACCAAAUGGCUAACGUGUUUGAUUUAUGCUUCUCCCGUGUAUCCAUUUCAUGCCAGGUCAUAUAUGUUAUACUAUUCAUGUCCUUGGUGCAACCUCAAAACAUUGUUGUUUUCAAGCCGUCAUAUCUCACGGCAACUGGACCCAUGGUCACUUCACUGUUGCUGGGAAAUGCAUCUGACAUCUCUCUGAAUCUGAGGACGGUAUCUCCAUCUAAUACGACAGGAAGCAUUGGCUCUCCAUCAUGUGUAGCUGAAGAGACACAAUGGGUGCUCACAAGGGAGCAGGUGGGGAAGACUGCAGUUCAGGUUCAGCUAAGACUGGAUAAAACUCUGCGUUUGUGUGGUGAGAAUGAGACGGAUACAGACUGCUGUCCAAAGCCACUGUGUGUUUUGGAGACCCUUCAGGUGUCUGCCUGUGUGGGCGGCACACCUCAGGCAUCACUGCUGAUCCAGGCCAAGAUAUACGCCCUGUUGCUUCCUGCUAAUCCUGGCUCUGAGAAUAAAACUGUCAUUCCAAACCAAGUGUACGAACCACUGGGCUCUUGCCCCUGUGACCUCACAUUGGGAGCAUGUGAUGUGCGCUGCUGCUGUGACACGGACUGUUCCUCUGAAGAUUUGAAGCUGUUUGUGUCCCAUUGUCUCCCAGGGCCCUUUGGUGGCCAGGUCUCUCCUGCUUCAGAUUAUCAGUGCUCUGUGCAAUCCUCAAAUAAUUCCCCAGAUUGGUUUCCAUUUUUGUGUGUCAAUUCUCCACCUGAAAACAACCCUUACCUCGGGCUCUUUUACCAGGGAUACACAAUCACACCUGAACCUGGCCCAUCCUUCCAAAGCCCUGUUUCGCCUGCUCCAGUGCCAGUCAAUGUUUAUAUUCAAGGAAGUCCCAUUUUCACAUUAAAUGACCAGUACUUCACUAUUCCUCAGAAGCUGCUCGGGCAGUGUGUUAACAAUGCACCUGUAGCAUUUUUGAAGAAUUUUGAGGUGAAUUGUGUAACUCUUCUACGUUCAUGUCCAACUGGAUCUCCCUUACAGACUGUACCAACAGAUUUGAGUAUUAAAGUAAAGAAUGGACUGGGAGGGGAUGUUUUAGUGGAUGUAAUUGACAAAGUUGCCUUUGACUUGAGUCAGUUUAUUUCAAGCACUGAUGCCUCCUCAGAUGAGGGACUGGUAUGUGACAACGUGACCUUGGCGCUGGAUUACACAUUGUACUGGGAAGGAAAUGGCCUCACAAGUAUCACAGUGACUCACACUGUUGGGACCAUCACUUUAAAUAGUAGUGUGGCGUUAACUACAAGGUAUUCUGCCGUGUUUUUAAAUGGAGAAUCAAUGGUUGAAACCAACUCAGGGAACCCAGGUUAUCAGGUGGGAAGGCCUGUUAUCGCUGGAAUUGUGGACACUUUGGACAAUAAUACCAGCUUUGUACAGAGGGUGUCAGUCAGUCUCUGGAAACCAGUGAGUGAUGGGCUCUGUUUCUCUGCUGAGAUGAAACCAAUUCUAUUUGGGGAGAAUUCAACCUCAGGAUGUCUGCUCCCUGUCAGCAGACACAAUCUGACUCAGUGUGAUCUCCUGAGAGAGACUGUAACAUCUCUCCAGAAUGCUCUGAUGACAGCCACAUAUGUGGCAAAGAGUGGAAACCCAGAUCUUCUAACUAUGACAGACUGGGUGAACAUUAGCUUUUUGAUACAAAACUCUAGCACAACUAUGGAGGACGGUCCAAGUUCAUGCUAUGGGGUUCCAUCCCACCAGCAUAUCCAUGUUUGGAGUCUUAUCACAGGCAUGGUAGAAGGCGUACCUCAGAGGGAUAUCCGUGCUUUGCAAGUCAGCUACAGCAUGUCCCCCUGGACACUGGAUUGUGGAGGGGGGGAUGUGUCUCCAUGUGUGGACCCAACGGAGACUCAGUUGUUCCCCGUCACCUCCUCAGUCACCUUUACUGACAUUCCUGUGAACACAGGACCACCGAAAACCAGGUUUCAGAUAAACUUCACUGAGUAUGACUGUAACCGGAAUGAUGUGUGUUGGCCUGAGCUCGCCUUCCCCAUCACCAAGUAUUACACAGGUGAGCCAUAUUCCCAGUCUCUGGCAAAGGGCCUUAUUUUGGUUUUCUUCUUCAUCACUGCUUCAAUACUUGGGACUCCAUGGAGACAAAUCAGACAAGCAUGGAAAUAGUGCCGCCCUAAAAUUGUGUGAAGAAACAAAGACCUUUUAACAUUAGACGGAGCUUUUAAUGAUAUUCUUUUACAUGUUUUUGAUAUUUUUCUGGGAAUGUAAAUAAUUGUAUUGGUGCACUAUCUUGUAAUAAAUAUAUAUUUUUUACUGCU